AUGGAUUGGCUAGGUAGAAGUAAAAUCCAAUUCACGCAUGCUGCCUCCCCGCUGAAGCUCGAGCGUAGAGAUGGCGAAUCAACAGACCUCCUUCAGGUUUGCGAACAGUCAAUACCACCUUGCAAUUUGAGCCCUGUCCUAUUCAAUGGGCAUCUUCAGACUCUAUGGACGACUGUCAGGCAAGAUGCACCUCCGAUAUACUACAAGCGUCGAACAUUUGAAGCAACAACAAAAAAUACCACGGCACUUUUGCGGUGGACUUUGUGGUCAGCCCUUUCGCUAAAAACCGUGUUCUACACGGACGAUGAGUUCCAGGCAAUUGGUUCGGACGAUACAAAGCCUCAACUUAUUGUGCUCCAUGGUAUGACUGGUGGAUCACAUGAACCUUACCUACGCCAUUGCAUCGCGCUGCUCAACGAAGGCUGGAGCAUAUGUGUCGUUAACUCGCGGGGCUGUGCUGGCAGUAAAAUCACCAGCGAGGUUCUGUACAAUGCCCGGGCGACUUGGGAUUUCCGACAAGUGGUGACGUGGUUCCAAGCUGAAAUUCCCUAA